AUCUGCCAAGAUAUAAUAUAUAGUAUUUUCUGUUAUUAAACACAUGUUCUAUGAUACGAAUAGGCCAAUCUCAGUAGGGCCCACUCGGAGACGGAACCAAUGACUUCAUUCCACGUGCAUAGGAAACAUCCUGCGUGGGUUCGCAGACUGCGAUGUCAUCACGGACAGUUCAACCCCCUUCUUUGACCCUCUUGCCCGCCAUCCCGCAGCCGUCAAAGACGUCCAAACCGUAACCCAUCCCGCCGAGCACAUCAAUUCAGAUUUUUCCGAGGACGCGUCGGCGCACAUGUUCGCAAGUAACCUAACCUGCUAGGUAUAGUCAAAAGAACAUAUUAGUCAAAGCAAAAAACACCAGAAACACUUCCAAUGUUUCGACGCAUUCCAUACCAUAAGUUUAAAUACUUCCUCUGAUUGGUAGAUGAGAGAAAAUACGCAAAUCCCCGAAAACAUGAGACACGUUCUGUUUGCUUUGGCCAUUUUUCUGUGCCUUCGCACAGUUUCAGUCUCCGCCUUCCCCCGGUUCUUCCCAAAUAUAUCCGCCCUUCCGCCGCCAGCGCUCCUCCCCAAUGCCACCGCUGGCCCCUGGCAGCGCUUCCAGAACUUCUCCGGCUGCCAACGCGGCGAAGUCCUCGACGGCUUGGCCAAACUCAAACAGUACUUCCAUUACUUCGGGUACAUCCCGACCUCCAACUUCUCCGACGACUUCGAUGAUAUUCUCGAAUCUGCGAUUAAGACGUACCAGCGCAACUUCAAUUUGAACGUCACCGGCAGCCUCGACGUCCCUACCCUCCGCCAGAUCGUCCGCCCCAGAUGCGGCGUCGCCGACAUAGUCAACGGCUCCAGCUCCAUGAACUCCGGCAAGACGGCGUCUCCUGACAGCGCCUCCUUCCAUACCGUCGCUCACUAUUCAUUCUUCCCCGGCACGCCGACGUGGCCGGAGUCCCGGCGGGACCUCACCUACGCUUUCUUGCCGGACAAUCAGCUUUCGGAUGACGUGAAGACGGUGUUCGCCGACGCCUUCGCCCGGUGGGCCGCGGUCACGACACUGACGUUCUCGGAGGCGGCAUCGUACUCUGCCGCCGACAUCCGGAUAGGAUUCUACAGCGGCGACCACGGCGACGGGGAGGCGUUCGACGGCGUGUUGGGGACGCUGGCGCACGCGUUCUCGCCGCCGAGCGGGCGGUUCCACUUGGACGCGGACGAGAACUGGGUGAUCGACCUAAGCUCGUCGACAGCGACGACGGCGGUGGACCUAGAGUCGGUGGCGAUUCACGAGAUCGGGCACCUUCUGGGGCUGGGGCACUCCUCAGUGGAGGAGUCCAUCAUGUACCCGACGAUCACGUCGGGGACGAGGAAGGUGGAGCUCGUAAACGACGACGUACAGGGGAUUCAGGAGCUGUACGGCAGCAAUCCCAAUUACAACGGUUCGUCGUCGACGACGUCGACGACGUCAAAUCAGGAGAGGGACUCGUCGGACGGUGGGGUUCGCGGCGGGCCAAGGUGGGGACUUGGUCUUCUGACGGUGAUUGGAUCUGUUGUAUUGGUAUUGUAAAUUAUUAUUAUUAUUAUUUGAAUUCUUCGUAUUUUAUUUAUUUUUUUAAUUCUUAUAAUGAUAAAGUUGACAGUGUAUGAGAGAUUUUUUUUUUUUUCUUCUUUAAACAUUGUUACCAUACACUGGUAGGGGCAGAGCAUGUUAAUGUUUUUGUAAUUUAUGGGGAUGUUUAUAAGUGUUUAGGAAUAUUAUUGGGUUGCUUAGUUUUUA